CUCUUACAUACGCAAUUCUGUUAAUAUUGCAUUCGUAGUGCUUUUCUACGCUAUCUAUGUCAAGUAUAAAUAACAGACAUUGCCUUUAUUAAGUCCUUUUUUUUCAGACUCCUACUCUGAUGUGAAUAAGCAUCAACGAUAGCUAGGGUAUCCGAUUAAUACUCCUAAAAUUUACUAAUUAACCAACACUCUUGGUCUAAACAACAUCCACCAAGAAAUCAUGCCUUCCUAUCUAGUGACGGGAGCUUCCCGAGGACUCGGGUUUGAAUUCAUCCGCCAGUUAUCCGCGGAUCCAAAGGCCAUUGUUAUUGGACUCGCCCGGGAUAAGAUGGCCACGGAAAAGAAAGUGUCUGCCGAAAUUGGACGUUCCAACAUUCAUAUCCUCCAGGGCGAUCUCAUAGACUAUGAAUCACUGAAGAAAGCAGCCGAAGAUACAUCUACGAUUACAGGCGGAAGCCUUGACUACCUGAUAGCCAAUGCCGCUGUUCUUUCUCCGUUCGCUGCCUAUAGUGGCCUAAGCGACUUGAGCGACGAUCCUAAAGCCUUAGAGGAAGACCUACUCUUUCAUUAUAAGACCAACGUCGUUGGCAACAUUCACUUGAUCAACAUCUUCCUGCCUCUGAUUCAUAAGGGCAAAGCCAAAAAGGUCAUUGCACUCACGUCGGGACACGCCGACUUCGACUUGGUCCGCAAUUUUAAGAUAGACAUGGGCGCAUCCUACGCCCUGAGCAAAACAGCAUUGAACCUUGCGAUUGCCAAGUACCACGGCGAGUUGAGCUCAGAAGGGAUCCUGUUCAUGAGCAUUUCGCCUGGCGUAGUGGCCACUGGACUCAAUGAUACAACUAAGUUGACGGAGAAGGAGAAAAGGGGUUUUGGGGAAAUGGUGCGCAAAUUCUCCGAGUACGCGCCUCAAUGGAAGGGCCCUAUCACGCCAGAGGAGUCUGUGAGGCAUAUCUUGGGUGUUGUUAAUAAUGCGAGCGUAGAACGAGGUGACGGGGGUUCCUUCGUAUCGCAUUACGGUAAUAAGCAAUGGCUCUGAAUGUCAUCAUUUUCUGGAGUCAUGCGCAACAGCCAGAGCUUGCUAGUAUGUGUGCAUAACGAUAGGAGUAGUACUUCUUACAGUUCUCAAACAAGGCUACUACAUUAACAGACAAAGAAACAAAC